AUGCAUCACGCUGCGGCCUUCCGUGUGUGGAAUACCAAUGCGAAUGUCCCUGACGGAGCAACCAAGGACGUUGGAGCCGCCUUGACCAGGAUUUGUCUGCGUCACCGCGCUGUGGAAUCUCGCGUCAAGACCCUCACCAACACCUUGAUGGAGUGCGUGGUGCUUCCCCUGCAAGAGCGCGUGGAAGAGUGGAGGCGCUCACAUCACACCCUGGACAAGGACCACACCAAGGAAUAUAAGAAAUCGAGGGCUGAAAUCAAGAAGAGGACAGAAAAUGCUUCACGACUUCAGAAGAAAGCAAAGAAAGCAGGGAAAAACUCUGAACUUAACAAGGUGUUGGAGUCCACCGUGCAAGACCUGCGAGCAAGAUAUUGCGCUCUGGAGGAGGUGGAGCGAUCGGCUGUGCGUCUUGCCCUCACAGAGGAACGGGCGCGAUACUGCGCCUUCGCCAACGCUCUCAGACCUGUAUUGGUGGAGGAAGUGGGAUUGGUGAGUGAGUUGGGUCACCUACAAGAGGUCAUGACCCAGCUUGAGAAGCACUCUGCUGAUCCCCAUAUCUUACCACCAGCAAGUGAACAGGUUUUGCUGGACAUCAAGGGUGGUGACACACAGUGGUCAUGGCAAACCCCACCUUCCUCCCCUUCCUCCUUAGGAUCCCGCAAGUCCUCCAUGUGCUCCAUAUCCUCCAUUAAUUCCUCUUCAUCCUCUUCCACCCACUCCCCAUCCCAUCACACAAGGACACGCUCUGUGAGCCAGGGUACAAGGCUGGUGAGUGUGUCAUCGCAGGACUCCGGCUUUACCUCGCAGGAUACGCUCUGCCAUCCCCCCCACCCACACAUCUCUGCCAGCCUCCAGGCAUCAGGGUUGUCUGAACAGUCAUGUGGUUCAGAAAACAGCACCCCCUCGCCUGCAACAUCUACAGCUACAUGGCCAAACCUGACUGAUCCAGCACUGCAUCACAAGACAACACCACCACUAGUAGACAGGCCACAUACUAUUUCAUCAGCUUAUGAGAAGGGGCGGGACAGGCCUCCUCUCACUGUGUACACAUUUCAGCCACCAGAAGGUCGAAGUGGACAAGUGUCUCCACAAAUCUGUUCUCAGCCAUGUAGUCCUGUUUGUCUUGAGCUGGAAAGUGGGUGUGUAAGUCCUUUGGUUGGUCACACAGCUACUAUCUCACGGCGAUCAUCUCGAACAUCAUUGCAUCAUAAUCUUUCUUCCUCCAGCCAGGAGAGUCUUACAGCUACAGGCAAGCCUAAACCUCCUGUGCCAAAUCGCUGCUCAUCACUGGAAAGGCCAGCUGUUCCUGAUAAGAAACCUAGCAUUCGAACUCAGCAACAACAGCCUGUUACACCAACACAGUCACAACAGAAACCACAGGUAACACAGCCACAGACUCAGGCACAAUUGCAGCAGCCAACAUCCCAGUAUGGAGUAUCAAAGAUGUUACCAAUGGUUCCAGACUUCAACAGGGCAGCUCCAGACAUGAUUGUACCUCAGCCUGUGUACAGCAAUAUGGCUGAACUGUGUACUGGCAGCAGUGGUAAGGUUUCUGAUGAGGUGACAGAAAGCGAUGGAUUAUCUCAUGCUUCUCUCGGAUCAAGUGGCUAUGGGUCUCAACUACAGGAUGAAGCUGCAGGUUCAGAUGAGUAUGAUGCAAGCAAGUACUGCACACUUCGUCGGUACUCUGACCAGCCUCAGCUCCAUUAUCAGCCAGGGAGGGUUGUCCUUCGCAGGCACCUCUCCCAGUCAGGUACCGGUUCACCACGUACAGGAACUUUACGUAGGUCAGGCUCUCAUGGCCAGAAGCCCCCGCCUCCUGUACGUCGAACACCAUCCAUAUCUACCAUCAGUACAUCGACACCACUGGUUAAUUCCUUAACAAGUUUAAAUACUUCAUCCUCAAGCACAAGUCUAAACAACUCCCCUGUACAUUUAACUUCAUCAGCAAGUAAUCUGAGUAACUGCAGUAGUGUAAAUGGUAGUAUUGGUAAUGGUGGAAGUGCAAGCCCCAGUCAGAGCAGUAGUAAUGGAAGUCCACUACAACGUACAGAUAGUGAAUCAAGCACCCCGGUUGGCUCUUUAGAGAAUCUUCCUCCUCCUCCUGCUUUCUUACUUGAAGAUGCUACAGAAGAAUCCACUUCUGCCCCAGAUCCUGAUCUGACAACACCAGAAGGUAUAAGAUACAUUUGCGAUCCAUUUGGGCCCCCAGCACCUAUUCAAGACAAGUGCUUACAACAGCGUGCAAUGACAGUUAGUGACACAGUAAAAAAUUUGCAGGAAAGCCAGCAUCAGCCUCCAUCACCUGUAACACAUCGUCGCUCUCAGUCUCUCCGUUGUAAUCAACCUGCUUACAAAGCUGUUCACCUUUUAGAAGAACGAAGAGUUUCCUUAGAAGAUGCAAGAGCAUCACUUAUGACUACACUUAAUGCAAAACUUGCUGCACAGAUCAGUGGUCAGCAAGUACUUCCUAAUAAACAAGCUCAGAAGCAGACACGAGAAGGUAGUCAGUCUCCCAGAAUGAGUCGAUCUCGCCUGGGGUCAGUUCAGGAAGGUAUGACCAUGGAAAGCCCUUAUCAUUCCCCAACACAUCGUCAGGCAAGUAGCAGACAAGAUCAGAUUUAUACUUUUAAACAACAACAACAACAACAACAGAUGCAGCCACAGUCAUUAUAUCAGCAUUCAACAUUCAACCAGCCUAAUUUACAUUACAUGCAACAGGCUCUGUCACAGCAAACAUAUGCUUAUGAUGAUGGCCAUGGUAAUGUGUGCCAGCCAGGACCAGUAAUAAACAAAGAUCCAAAUCAACAAGCAUUCCUUCAAACACUUAAUGAAAAAUUAUCCCAAAGGUCACCUGGCAUAGAGGGGAGUGUAUCUCCAGGGUCUCCUCGUCUCCGUCCUAGAAAGGCUCCUGUACCCAACCCCAAACCUCAGCCUAAUGGCACUGCUGCUGGAGUUCAGUUGCAGCGAUCAGGUUCAGGUGCCAGUGAAAAGGCCUCUAAAGUGCGUCAGUGGAUUGCAAGCAAAACUUCAAGCAGUGAAAAAAAGACGAGUGCUGAGCUAGCUGCUCUACGUGAAUCACUGCAUGAUCAAAUCAAACAAGGAACAUCACUUAAGCGUGUCAAACAUGUUGCUGAUAGAUCAGCACCACAAGUUUCUUGACUUAACGUGGCAUUACUUGUCAAAAAGUUUGAAAUGCUAGAAUAUCGCAGAAAAAAAGAAAUUCUUGACUGUGUGCGAGUGUUGCCAAAGAAGCUUGAAGUUAUUAUGCCUGAUACACAAAUUUAGGUGCAAAUUCUUACGUUUUGCUUAACUGUUUAAUAAUAUAUUUUAUUCAGAUCUUAAAAGAGAAUGGUAGAACUUUAUAUGGUAUAUAUAAAAGGUGAAAUUCAUUAAUGAUAAUAAAUAUAAGUAGAAAGAUGUUGUCAACUGGAAUAAAUGUUGUAAAAGGAGUAUUUCACAUAUAAUCACACAUGUUAAGUCUGCUUUUGGAAAUGUUUUUUCAAGUCUUGGUGUCAUAGACUAAAAAGGUAAAACUGUGUUUAGUAAUUCCAAUGAGGUGUUGUAUUACGUAAUCAACUGAAUAAUAAGAUUUACUUGAAGAGUUGGUACAAAAUGUCUGUACUAUGAACUUGAAAGCACAUAAAAUUCUUCCUUUUGAUGUGCAGGAAACUGAUAUCUUUUGGUAUUUGUAUGCCUUACUUAUGUUGUGUAUGUGUAUACAUAAGUUUGUGUGCAUUCAUGAGAGAAAGAGAGAUAAUGACAGAAACAGUGAAUAAAGCAAGAGUACAUGUGUACAUACAGUUGUCAUUGUGUGUGUAUGUGUGUAUAUAAAGAAAAGUAAACUAUUUACUUGAAUGUCAUUAUUGGUAGUUCAUGAACAAAUAGGGAUGGCUGCAGAAAAAUUACCAUUUAUGUUCACAGCAUAUUACACAGUCACAGAGACAAGUAUAUUCAAUAUCAUAUAUAUACAGAAUGGUUCAGUUUGUAAAUGUUAUUUGGAAAACUAUGCAAUUCUUAAAAAUGCAGAUUUGGUAAGGAAAAGGAUGCAUUUUGAUAUUACACUAUUUUUCUCUUGGAAUUUACGAAUGAGGGCAAAGUAUUUUUCAUCAGAUGGAAGUCAUUAUUAUUACUUUUUAAUAAUAACAAUAAUAAUAAUAAUAAUAAUAUUAAUAUUAAUAAUAUUAAUAAAAGUAACAACAACAAUAGUAAUAGUAAUCAGUCCACCAUAGAACUAAGCUUGCUUUAUUGUAUAUUAUAUUAGCUCCUAAAAUCAUACUCCUUAAUAGUACUAAUCACAUUUCUUUAAGGUAUGAUAAAGAUUGCAUUAUAUUUUCUAUGUUUGAAUACUUAAGUAACUUUGUGAAAUUGCACACAUUUACUUUAAAGCUGUGGCUAUAACACAUAAAGAUACCAGAUGUAAAGAAAUGAUCUUACCAACUUUGGCAUGUGGUGUGAUCAUAUUUUGACAUUUAACACAAAAACGCCGGGGAUGGCAUGUACAUGCUUGCCAUGCCCACUGUGAGUUUAAUUUAUUAACUCUUUUUACGCAAGUACUAAGUCAUCAAUGAGCCAGUUAGAGUACUACCUGUCUCACCUGUUUACCCUUUUCCUUGAUUUUCAAAAAUAUUUUCUGGUAUCUAAUAUUGCUGUUAGUAAUGUCAAUAACACUAUAAUAAUUAUAAUGUCUAUAAUAAAAAUAACAG